GUUGUACUUUCAGGACGUAUUGUUAACUAAUAUGGCGCUUCCUAUAACAAUCUAGCAGUUAUAAAUCAAGAAGAAUAUGCUAAUUGAGUAAAGUGGGAAGUUUGAGGCUGUAAUUCUACGUUGAAGAUAUGGAAACCGUGUCAAACAACUCGGGUUAUUCUGGUUCACAACAACCUCGUUCAUCAUCUUCUUAUCUGUUAUCAUCAACGACAUCAUCAACCUCAACGUUCAUUACACCCAACACACAUGAUUCUUCAGCUUCGAUAACUGAUCAAAUCAAUGCAACUGGUACUACCUCCACUUCUGUUACUACAACCACUACUACUACUAUGUCGAACACAUCUACGUCUGGGAAAUCAACUUAUACACUCGGAAAAGAAAUCGAAAUUGAAUUAGGAAGUGGUGUAUCCGAAGAAGAUACAAAAUUAGCUAAGAAUGACAAAAAUGCUGUUGAUUUUGUAUUUGAUUAUUGUAAAUUAUGGUGUAAAACAUGUAAGGAUUUAGUGUUAACUUUAGAAAAACGUGCAACUGCUGAGAAUGAAAGUACACGUAUUAUUAUGAAACAAUUUCAAAUAUUGGAAUCAAGUACAACUAAUCAGAAUGGUGCACCAUAUAAAAAACAAACACUCAAUUUAUGUCGAAUGAUGAUUGAACAUUGUAAAGAAAUUGAAGCGAAUAAUUCCAAACGAUGCAGAGAACUUUUAGAGGUAUUAAAUCGUCAACGUACUUUAUUUGAAAAAACCAGGAAAUUUCUUAAAGACAAAUGGAAAGCAGAUGUAAAACGUAUGUUAGAUGCUGAAAAUAGUUUGUUUAAAACAAAAACAACAUAUUAUCAACGUUGUCAAGCUGGUGUAAAAUUACGUGAAGAAUUAGCUACAGCACAAAAUCUUCUAAAUGAAUUAUCUGCUUCUCUUAUGCAAUCAUCGUCAGUUUCAUUUAGUGGUACAUCUACAUCAACAGGAACAACACCAUCAUCAUCAUUUUCAUCUGUUACGAUAAUGCCACCUACACAAACAAAUGUAUCAGGUCUACCUGUUUAUACUGCUGGGAAUUCAUAUUCAUCGAAUCUAAUGAACUCAACUACUGGAAGUAAUGCAAAUUUAACACAAGAUUUUAUGAAUGAUUCAAAUAUUGGUGAAUCAAAUCUAUCAAAUCCAACUUCAUCAUUAUCAACUUCUACAUCAAACCAAGUUGCUAAACAAAGAGUAAAAGUUGAACGAUUAGAAAAACAAUUAGGUGAUAAUGAUAAAAAGGAAAUUGAACUGAUGUAUGCUUAUCGUGAAGCGGUAGAUAUUGCAAAUCAUCGUUUAUGUGAACUGGAAAAAAGCAAGAUUGAGAUUUUAUGCGAUACACGUUUAACCAUAACAAAAAGUGAUGAAGUUGUUAAAGAUUCUUUAGCGGAAUUAUUAAAUCAUUUGUUUACAACUCGUUCAUUAAUGAUAAAACAGUAUGAAAUGAUUGCAAAUGCUUAUCAAGAUUAUGUACCAUGUAGUGAUUAUCGUACAUUAGUUGAAUCACAUAUUCAAAAAGGUACUGAAUUUAUUCCGGAAAAAUAUCAUUUCGAUGGAUUUCAUGAGUCAAAAUUGGAUACAAGUCGUUUAACAAGUAGGUUGGGUAAAGAUUCCGGUGACUCUACUUUAGAUAUAUUUUCUGCACAUCGUAAUCUCCUUUCAUUACAUUCAGACUCUGAUUCUGAUACAGAAACAGCAGAUUUGCCAUUAAAUACAACUGGACGAAAUAGUACAAGUCUUGGUGUUAUUACUGGAGGAAGUAGUAGUAGUGGUGGAAUCGGUAAUACUGCUAAUAGUAGUAGUAAUAAUAAUAGUCUCAGCGGUUGUGGAGUUGCAAGUGGUAUAGUAUCAACAAGUAGUAAUGUUUUAUCAACUAUUGUUGAAUUUGGAUCUAAUCUAUUUCGACCAGAUUCUAAAAAAUCGAUACGUAAUAAACGUUCAAUAACAAAUAGUCUUAGUAAUUCAUCAGUCCCACCAAUCAAUCCGAUAGAUAAUUUAGAAACAAUAGCUAUUCAUGAAGCUAAUUUAGAAAGAGAAUAUUUAUCAGCAUGUUAUCCAGUAGCCCGAUGUAUUGCAGCGAUUGAAAAACAAGAAAAUGGUCUAGCGACACAUGGAAUUUAUCGUGUACCAGCGUCUAAAGCAAAAGUUUCUAAUCUAAUGGAUUUGUUACAGUCUAAUCAAUUAGUUAGCAGUGAACAAAUUCAAAAUGAUAUCGACUUGUUAAGUCAAGAACAUCCACUUACAUUGGCUAGUCUGGUGAAAACACAACUGAUUGCCUUACCUGAACCAUUACUCACAUACAAUCUUUAUCCGAAUUUUGUUGAACUUGGAAAGGCGUUUGACUUGGUUGAUUCAAAUAUAACUGAUGAACUGAUGAAACGUCUUCAACUAUUGAUUAAUCAUUUAAGUCCUGGUAAUCGUCAAUUAGCUGGAUUAAUUUUUCAUCAUUUACACAGAGUUGCUGAAUGUCAGUCGGAAAAUCAAAUGGGAGCUGUUAAUUUAGGUACAAUGUUUGCUCCGACAGUAUUACGUCAAAGACCUAAAUUUCAAGUAGCUAAUAUGAUGGAAUUCAUGGAUAAUAAAGGUCAGACAAAAGUUGUUGAAUUAUUAAUUGAUCGUGUUUUUCAAGUAUUUGGUUCAUCAGAACAAUAUGAUCCAAUCAAAUUAAUUACAGCGCAUAUUACAUUAAAUGAUGAUAAAACUACCAUAGCUGAUUAUAAUCGAAUGAAUUCAGCACGUGGUAGUAUUUCAUUAGCUAAUUGUGAGCGAUCUAAAUCAACUUGUAGUACAGUUGUAGAUAGUGUCCCUGAUACACCAAUGAAUAUAUCUAGUAAAAUUCAUACAGUUAACACUAUAACAACUAUCACUACUGCUACUACUGUUAGUACUACUACUAGCAAUAAAACCAUUAAUACUGAUAUACCAUCGUCGACAACUUUCACACUUGUUGGUACAACCAACAGCAAUACUACUCGUACUACUAACAGUAAUAAUAAUGAUAAUAUGAUCAAUAUUAUCAAAGAAACUACAACAACACUUCCAUCUUCUGGUUUAUUAAGAUCGGCAACAAUAUCUGUUUCACCGCAAAUUCGACCUACAGGAACCCUGCUUACUGGAGCCUUACCUUUGUAUACUCCAUAUCGACAGAAUCAAGGAUUUAGUAAAGACAAUGCAAAUAUUGAAGAAACUCCUAUUAAUACCAGUUCUGAUAUCACAAUUUCUUCAUUACAUGGAUCUGAUAAACAUGACAAAAUGCAUAAAAGACAUAAUCCUGUAAUAUAUGAAAAAUCAACUAAUAUAAAAUCUAGUAUGAGGCUUCAAGAUUUAGCUAAACCAGUUAUUGAACCAACUAUCACUACAGCAUCUCAAAUAUCUAAUCCACCAACUACUGGAAUAGCCAUUACUACCAGUACUACUACUACUAUUACUAAUGUUAUUACUUCUACCAGUAAUAGUAUCAAUGUGAAUGAAGCUUCACCUUCAUCGUCAUCAUCUAUUGUACGUGGGAUUAAAAAAUUAUAUUCUUCAAGUGGUCAACAUUCGAUUUCUCCAUCUACAAUCGCUUCAUCGAUUACAACAUCAAAGUUGUUUCACUCAUCUGACAAACAAAACGCUCCAAAUACGUCAUCUACUGAUUCUAAUACAAAUACAGCUUUGUCAAGUUUAAUAAUUGGACGUCGUAAACCUAUUGGGCGAUUAUUGGCUUUACAUCAAACUACAGAGGCUUCAGAUAAUGUAUCCCCUGUGAAUCCUACGAAUUUAGAUCAAUAUAGUUUUAUUGAUAAUGAUUUGCCUGAUUCUUUAAAUGAUUCAUGAAUUCAAAGAAAUAAUGACUUUUUGUUUUCAUUGAUUGAAUCAUAAAUUGUCUUCCAUAUUCAAUGAUAUUAAUGCAUUUCAAUGAAAUAAUCCCUGAAUACACCUAUAUAUAUAAUCUCAUGAAUUGAUUCAACUCUCGUCUAAAUCAUCGGACAGAUUACUGCUACUACUACUACUAUUACUACUACUGUUACUAUUAUUAUUGCCAUUAUUAUUAUUGCUAAAUCUCUUAUCAUUAUCCAUUCUCUUAUUGAAUACAUUUCAAUAGAUAAAAAUCAUAUAGAUUUAUUUAUUUUUCACAAUUCAUUAACAUAAUCAUUCAAUAAUAAUAUGUCUUCAUUACAUUUUGUACUAUGUACUGUAUUGUAUAAAUUUUCAUUUUAAGAAAAAGAGAAUGAAAAGAAAUUAAAGAAAAAAGGAAAAAAAUAAACAAGAUUUUAAUCAUUCUAUUUGUGAAACGUUUUUCUUUCUUUUUUUCUAUAAAAAAAAGAGAAAAAUGACAAACUAUUUAACUAAGAUCAUUCAGAGUAUCUUACUGUUAUAAUAAUAAUUAUUAUUAUUAUUACUACUAAUAUUAGCUGUAUUUUAAUAGUCGGAUUAAAAGAAAAAGACAUUUAUCUAUCUAUCUAUCUCAUUGACUAUUUUAUAUGAAUCUAUUCAUAUGAGAAAUCAUUCAAUAUCAUCUAUGCAUGUUUGUUUUACUUUAAUAAUACAAUGUGUAAAAUUGAAAUUUUCCAAAACAAAACAAAAAAUUUAAUUCACAAAUUCAAAUAAUAACAAUUUCCCGCAUUUCAAUGGUUCAACAUAUUUGUUUGUGUAUGUGUGAGUGUGUCAUUGUUUUUUUUUGUAGUUGUUAUCGCUAUUGUCAACAUUCAAUUUCAAUUCUAAUUAGUUCAACUUCUAUUUAUCUAGUUUUUGUUUUAUUCAAUUAUUCUACUUUGUUUUUAUUUGUUUAUUUGUGUAUUUUAUCUUUGCACAGUAACAUCAAUAAUGAAUCAUUCUUUUUCUUUCUUUCUUUUUGUUGUUUUGGUUUUGAUUCUCUUCAUAAAAUUCUUCCCAUUUAAUUUAUUUCAUUGUUUAAAGUUUUAAUUGCACAUAAAAUAUUUAAAUUUAUUCAUUCAUUCAUUUAUCUAUUCAUUUCUCAUCGUUGUUUUUCUUUUUCUUUCUUUCUUUUAUGUAAUAUCAAUUUAAAACUUGAACUUAUUAUACUAAACCAAUAUGAUUUUUUCGUUGUUGUCAAUUGUACUUUUUUUCCAAAGAUCAAUAUUAUUUUUCUUUUCUUCUAUGUUACAUAUUUAAUCGGAAAUCAAUAAUCAAUAUGUUUACAAUGAUAUAUUAGAAUAAUAAAGAAUAAUUAUUGUUAUAGUGAUUUGUAAACAAUCGAUUGUUUGUUUCUUUGUUUUUGUCUAAAAAAAGAAAAGAAAAACAAAUCCCUAUCUUAUUAUUAUUAUUAUUCAUUAUCAGAUUAUGAACAAUAAAAUAUAACUAUAAUAUUAAA